CCUCGAUUAUUGCCCGUCUUCGGUGUCUCAAAAUCACCAAUCUUGAUACAUACUCUAUCGGAGAUAGUGUAUUCUCUAUAUUACAAUAUGGGGAGAAUCUGCAAUCGGUGCAGUUAAAGUAUUUCCCACACACCAUGAGGUGGCCUAAACCUAUCAUUCAUCCCAAGGCUUCUUUACAACGCUUGUCACUAUGGUUUUCAAAGAUUUCAUCCGGAUCUUUGUGCCAUACUAUCUGGCAUUUCAGAAAGACCCUGAGAUAUAUCGAACUGUAUAAUAUCACACUCUCCGGCGGGGCGACAUGGGAAGAGCCAAUGUGGGUAAUAUGCCAUUGCCCCCUUCUUUCGUAUGUAAAAUUGGGCGGGUGUGACCCAACAGUCGAUUGCCAGACAGUAUGGGGUGUAAGAUCAGAAUACAAGCGCGCGCGGUAUCUAACCUUAUUGACAAGAAGGAGAAGAAGGAGAAUGUCGCGGAAACAACGGGAAAUACUGGAGCGUGAUCCAUGGUAAAACGACCCGCGAAAGUAGAUUGACA